CUCCUCUCUCAUCUUAGCACUAUACCAUAACCCAGAGUUCUUCCCUUCUCUAUCUGAUCUUAUACUUUUACACAUCCCGUCCUUUCCAAGCUCUUUUGCAACAUGUUUAUCUCUAAGCUCUCGGCCCUGCCGCUUCUAUACGGCAUCGUGGCCGCUUCUCCCUUUUCUCCUUCGGCCAAUCUAGUCCCGCGGGCAGCGUGUGCCGGCAACACGGCCACUACCAGAAGCCAAUGGUGUGACUUAUCCAUUGAUACCGACUUUCAGAAUGUGGUCCCAGACACCGGGGUGACCCGGGAGUAUUGGCUCGAAUUGACCGAUGUGGUCGUUUCUCCGGAUGGUGUCUCCCGCUCAGCCAUGGCCGUCAAUGGUUCUAUUCCUGGACCAACUCUCUUUGCGGAUUGGGGUGAUAACGUUAUUGUCCAUGUCACGAACCAGUUGACAACUUCCAAUAACGGCACUUCAAUUCACUGGCACGGAAUCCGCCAGAACUAUACGAAUGAGGCUGAUGGAGUUGCUUCCAUCACCCAGUGCCCAACUGCGCCCGGAGAGACUAUAACAUACACCUGGAGAGCAACCCAAUAUGGAUCAACCUGGUACCACUCUCACUUCUCGCUCCAAGCAUGGCAGGGCAUUGCCGGGGGUCUCAUCAUCAAUGGCCCAGCCACGGCGAACUACGAUGAAGAUGCUGGAAUGGUAAUCCUCUCCGACUGGAGCCACCGAACUGUGGACGAGCUGUGGACUGAAGCACAGACAAGCGGCCCGCCGGAGCUGCAGAAUGGGCUCAUUAACGGAACCAACGUCUACAAUAGUAGUGGCUCGAGGUUCCAAAUGGACUUCGUGUCCGGGACUUCUUACCGGAUCAGACUCGUAAACGCUGCCAUCGACACUCACUUCAAGUUCUCCAUCGACAACCACACUCUCCAAGUCAUCGCAGCUGAUCUCGUCCCGGUUGUGCCGUAUGAGACAACUUCGAUCGACAUCGGCAUGGGGCAACGUUACGAUGUCAUCGUCCAGGCCAAUCAAUCUGCCGUAGCAGACAGUUUCUGGAUGCGAGCUAUUCCCCAGUCAGCGUGUUCUGAGAACGAAAGUGCGGAUAACAUCCGCGGUAUCAUCCGAUAUACCUCCGAUGCAGCUGAGCCGACCACUACUGGCUACGCCUACACUGAUUCGUGCGACGACGAGACUGACAACCUGGUCCCGUACAUCUCGAAGACGGUCGGCACUGCCACCCAGACUGUUACUGAGAACGCCGCCGUCACCACUAUCAACAGCACCCUCUUCCGAUGGACCUUGAACAGCACGACUAUGCUUGUGGACUGGGGUAACCCCAGCCUUCUGUCCGUCAUCAACGGCGUGACCGAGUUCGAGGAUGAUGAUGCUGUGAUCGACCUGCCCCAGGUAGACGAAUGGUUCUACCUCGCCAUCGAUACCGACUUGCCUGUUCCCCAUCCGAUCCAUCUCCACGGCCACGAUUUCUACAUUCUUGCCCAGGGCACAGGUUCUUAUUCCAGCGAUACCGUGCUCAACACUAGCAACCCCCCUCGCCGAGACGUCGCUAUGUUGCCCGCGAGCGGACACCUCGUAAUGGCUUGGCAGACGGACAACCCGGGAGUCUGGCUCCUCCACUGCCACAUCGGCUGGCAUACGAGCGAAGGAUUCGGUCUGCAGUUUGUGGAGAGAUAUGAUGAGAUCUCGAACUUGACGAAUGCCGCGACCCUGGGCGACAGCUGCUCGACAUGGUCGGCAUUCCAGAGCGCUAACAGCAUCCACCAGGAAGACUCGGGAAUAUAAACGGGGUGCUCUAACAUAGAGGCAUGUAUAUUUAGUUGUUGCGAAGGCUGGUCAAGGAGAGAGGCUUUGAAAGUGUUAGUCAGGAACUAGGGAACUCUCCAGUCGUUACAAAUAUUACAGUCAUGGAAUGUUCGCUCUUUAGACUGGCUUUGUUCUAACGUAUCUCAUCUCGGAUUUCGUUCCGAAAUACCUCUGAGUUCUUAGAAUGUAAGAAGCGGUUGCAUGAGAUCAUAGUAAUAAGACUAACACAUUUACACUCG